UUCAUGAAAUAAUGAAGGCGGCAGUUUUUGGCUACUUAAGGGAUUUUGUCUACCUAGUCGCAUUUUGUGACUGCAUGCUUAUAAUUGAUGGCAGUUUUUAAUCUCAAGGUACCUGGUCCUCCUUUGGAUGUGAAGUGUCGCCACUAUUGUACAGUACUUCCAGACGUCGCCGUGUUCCCUUGAUGGUUGUAGACAGGUGUGUGUGUAUAUAAAUUAGGAGACUGUCUUGCGCAACGGUAGGAGGGCCCCGUUUUGUGAGAUUAGUAGUCCAGCCGCCGAUUCCCGAGUUUCUUGGCAUUGUCUGCCUGCGGAGAACAGCGUUGACGCGGGCAAGUCGAGGCACGGCUCGCCGUGCACGCGCAGCGCGUGUCCUUUGGUGUCGUGAGUCAGCGCUUCAAGCAGCUACAUGUCAGACUCCGCCCCCACGCCGCCGAGUAGGCAAUGAGCGCCCAGCCCGGAGAGUCGCCCUGACAUGCCCCGUCUGCAGCUUUAAAUUGCACACUACUCUUCGUCGGGGCCAAGUAGACUGUCAAAUUAGCUACCGUCGUCCUGAUGCACUUUAUGUACAGUUCAGAUUAAGUUAUAUGUAUUUAUAUGUAGAUAUUCUAUUUACUGCACAAGACAAUAAGAAUGUCAGACUCUGCUGGCAACUGUUUAAGCAGCUCUCCAAUGAAUAGCAUGGAUGGUGAAAAACUUGUGAAACCAAAGCAGCAGCUUCACACACUAUUGCAGCAAGCUGGGGCAGACAAAGAGAUUUUUACAAUGAAAGAGGUCAUGUUUUACCUUGGGCAAUACAUCAUGGAAAAAGAGCUGUAUGACAAGAAACAGCAACACAUAGUCCACUGCUCUAAUGAUCUUCUUGGAGAUGUUUUGGGCGUGCACAGCUUUUCUGUUAAAGAACCACGAGUUCUGUAUGCAAUGAUUUCAAAAAACCUGACAACUGUUAAAAACACAGAUAUCUCCAAGCCUUUAAUAAAUGCUCACCAAAAUGAAAAGGACAAAGGACCAGAGACUGAAGCUGAGCAAGGUGCCUCCAUGCCAAAUAUUGACACUCCUACAGAGCUAUGCAAUGAAGCUGCCUCUGGAUGGAGACGCCGCAGGAGUAGUGAUUCAGACACCUCGGUAAAUGAUGAGCAGUGUGAACCCCAUAGAAAGAGGCAUAAAUCGGACAGCAUCUCACUAACGUUCGAUGACAGUCUCUCAUGGUGUGUGAUUGGCGGCUUGAAAAGAGAGCAUGUGAGCAGCAUAUCUUCUUCAGAUUCUCACUUGGAACCGGAUGGUGAAAAUGCUUCUGGAAGUGAGGAUUCUGAUGAGACUUGGUUUAGUCAAGACUCAAACUCUGAUAAUUUUAGUGUGGAAUUUGAAGUAGAGUCCAUUUAUUCUGACACCUAUAGUCAGGAUGAGGAGGAUCAGGACCUAACAGAUGCAGAUGAUGAGGUUUAUGAAGUUACAAUUUAUGAAGCUGAAGAUGAUGAUUCUUUUGAUGAAGAUACAGAAAUAUCUGAAGCAGAUUAUUGGAAGUGUUCAGAAUGUGAAGAAGUGAAUCCUCCUCUUCCGCGUCACUGCCACAGAUGUUGGUCCCUUCGUAAAGAUUGGUUUCCUGAUGACUCCAAAAGCUGUAGCAUUGAACCUGUUCUGGACAAACCAUGCACUGAAGAGGGCAUUGAUGUUCCUGAUGGAAAGAGGUCUAAACAUGACUCACCCACUGAUUCCAAAGAAGAAAAAUGUAAAAAUGCUUCUCCUGAAGAAUCUGGUGUCCUUUCGUGUGACUCUCAGGAGAUCUUGGGUUCUCAGCCGUCCACUUCAGCAAACAGCCAAGAAGUUGUGCCUGAACUUGAAAGAGAGGCCAGCCUAGAAUCCUGUCUUCCAUCAAGUUGUUUGGACCCUUGUGUUAUUUGUCAAAGUAGACCCAAAAAUGGCUGCAUUGUUCAUGGCAGAACAGGUCAUCUCAUGUCUUGUUACACAUGUGCAAAGAAACUGAAGAAACGUAACAAACUGUGUCCUGUCUGUAGACAGCCAAUUCAGAUGGUUGUGUUAACUUAUUUCAGCUGAUUUUUUUAAAAAAAUCCAAUAAAUUGCAUUGUGUUUAUUUAUUUUGCAGAAUUCUUGAUGGCCAAGAUUGUGGGUGUGCGAUUGGUUGUGAGACUCAGGUUCCUCUUUAUUCUCAUUUUUGGGAAAAUGAGAACUUAGUUUUAACAAAUGCUACCUAUUAUAGUCUGAUUGGAUGGUUCACUCGGUUACUAAAUUUGAAUGUUAAAGUAAUGUUUUUGAAAAUUUAAAUUAGAUGAUCGCUUCACCCUUCUAGCUUUAUUGUAAUAACUGGAAUAAACUGAGUUUCAAGAGCUUCAGUCCAAGUUCAUCAGUGGCACUUCUGUUUUGGUUUACUGUUUCUGAAGAGCUGCUCAAAUAUUUGGUAAUGUAGACAAGUGCAAAAAAGACUGUCUUCUACCUCAGGUUUCCUUAUGUAUUUGAAGAAAUUGCUGUAAUAAUGGAAGUUUCUUUAUUUUAACGGUUCAUUUUGGACUCUUGACUGACUGUUCUGCAUCCUCCAGAAAUGUGUUUUUAAAAUAUACUCUAUAGAAUGUAAAUUACAUGAACUUCAAGGAUUUGUUAUCUCUCAUAAUUACAAAUCAGUGUAAGUUUCUGUUCUGAUUUUUAUUUAUUAUGUUUGCAAUUAUUUAAUUUAGAAUCCUUAAAUAAAGAUUUAAAUAUAUGACACA